GGCCGGGCGGGAGCGGACGCCGUGCGGUUCUGGGCCCGCCGCCCGCCGCGGCGCCAUGGAGAUCGGCACGGAGAUCAGCCGCAAGAUCCGGAGUGCCAUUAAGGGGAAAUUGCAGGAAUUAGGAGCCUACGUGGAUGAAGAACUUCCUGAUUACAUUAUGGUGAUGGUGGCCAACAAGAAAAGUCAGGACCAAAUGACAGAGGACCUGUCCCUGUUUCUAGGGAACAACACAGUUCGAUUCACCGUAUGGCUUCAUGGUGUAUUAGAUAAACUUCGCUCUGUUACAACAGACCCAUCUAGUCUAAAGUCAUCUGAUACCAACAUCUUUGAUAGUAACGUGCCUUCAAAUAAGAGUAGUUUCAGUCGGGGAGAUGAGAGAAGGCACGAAGCUGCAGUGCCACCCCUUGCAGUUUCUAGCACUAGACCUGAAAAAAGAGAUUCCAGAGUUUCUACAAGUUCACAGGAGCAGAAAACCACUAAUGUCAGACAGAGUUACGAUGAUGGAGCUGCAACCCGACUAAUGUCAACAGUGAAACCUCUGAGGGAGCCGGCACCAUCUGAAGAUGUGAUAGAUAUUAAGCCGGAACCAGAUGAUCUCAUUGAUGAAGACCUCAAUUUUGUGCAGGAGAAUCCUUUAUCUCAGAAAAAACCUACAGUGACACUUACAUACGGUUCUUCUCGUCCUUCUAUUGAAAUUUAUCGCCCACCUGCAAGUCGAAAUGCAGAUGGUGGUACUCAUUUAAACAGGCUGCAAUUUCAACAACAGCAAAACAGUAUUCAUACUGCCAAGCCUCUCGAUAUACAGAACAGCCGGGUAUAUGAAACAGGACGUUUGUGUGAACCAGAAGUGCUUAACAGCUUAGAAGAGACUUACAGUCCCUUCUUUAGAAACAACUCAGAAAAAAUGAGUAUUGAGGAAGAAAACUUUCGAAAGAGAAAGUUGCCGGUGGUAAGUUCAGUUAUUAAAGUAAAAAAAUUCAAUCAUGAUGGAGAAGAGGAGGAGGAAGAUGAUGACUGUGGGUCCCGAACAGGAAGCAUCUCCAGCAGUGUGUCAGUGCCAGCAAAGCCCGAGAGGAGACCUUCUCUUCCACCUUCUAAGCAAGCUAAUAAGAAUCUAAUUUUGAAGGCUAUAUCUGAAGCUCAAGAAUCUGUAACGAAAACAACUAACUAUUCUACAGUCUCACAGAAACAGACACUUCCAGUUGCUCCCAGAACUCGAACUUCUCAAGAAGAAUUGCUAGCAGAAAUGGUCCAGGGCCAAAACAGGACUCCCAGAAUAAGUACGCCAGUUAAAGAAGAGGAAACAAAAGAAGAUAACAUCGAAAAAAGUCAAGGAACUCAACAGAGGCAAUUGUUAUCCCGACUGCAAAUUGACCCAGUAAUGGCAGAAACUCUGCAGAUCAGUCAAGAUUACUAUGACAUGGAAUCCAUGGUCCAUGCAGACACAAGAUCAUUUAUUCUGAAGAAGCCAAAGCUGUCUGAGGAAAUAGUAGUGGCACCAAACCAAGAGUCGGGGAUGAAGACUGCAGAUACCCUUCGGGUACUUUCAGGACACCUUAUGCAGACACGAGAUCUUGUACAACCAGAUAAACCUGCAAGUCCCAAGUUUAUAGUGACGCUGGAUGGUGUCCCCAGCCCCCCAGGAUACAUGUCAGAUCAAGAGGAGGACAUGUGCUUUGAAGGAAUGAAACCCGUAAACCAAACUGCAGCCUCAAACAAGGGACUCAGAGGCCUCCUCCACCCACAGCAGUUGCAGUUGAUGAGCAGGCAGCUUGAUGACCCAAAUGGUAGCUUUUCCAACGCUGAGAUGAGUGACCUGAGUAUGGCACAGAAACCGGAAAAACUGCUGGAGCGCUGCAAGUACUGGCCCGCCUGUAAGAAUGGGGACGAGUGCGCGUACCACCACCCCGUGUCACCGUGCAAAGCUUUCCCCAAUUGUAAAUUUGCUGAAAAAUGUUUGUUUGUUCAUCCAAAUUGUAAAUAUGAUGCAAAGUGUACUAAAGCGGAUUGUCCCUUCACUCAUAUGAGUAGAAGAAUUCCAGUACUGCCUCCAAAACCAGCAGUUACAACACCAGCACCACCUUCUAAUAAUCAGCUCUGCCGUUACUUCCCUGCUUGUAAGAAAAUGGAAUGUCCCUUCUAUCAUCCAAAACAUUGUAGAUUUAACACUCAGUGUACAAGACCUGACUGCACGUUUUAUCAUCCCACCAUUACUGUACCUCCACGCCAUGCCUUGAAGUGGAUCCGACCUCAAACCAGUGAAUGACACUCAGUCCUACCUGGCAGAAGAUCAUGGAGUUUGAAAGUUUCCAUCUGCGGAUGAAAGAUAAUAUACAGAACUUGUCAAAUCUUUGAAACUUGGAAUAUAUUGCUUUCAUAUUAUGAAGUUUAUUGCCUAU